AUGGGCAAACAACCCAACCUCUUUAGCUACCCCACCGUCGACGAAGUCGCUGCGCAUCUGCGCACCUACAUCCUCGCCUGUCAAAAGGCGGCCUUCCAACGACACGGCAGCUUUAAAAUCGCCGUUUCAGGCGGCAGUCUUCCCGCAACCCUCUCAAAGGCGCUUCUCAGGCCACGCCACCAUGAAGACCCCUCAUUCGUGCCCGAAUUCUCGAAAUGGCAGAUUUUCUUGGCCGACGAACGAGCCGUACCCUUUGACCACGAGGACAGCAAUUAUGGGCUGCUGAAGAAAGAGCUCCUCGAUAAAAUUCCACCCGAGCGAGGGACGCCCGUUGUCCAUCCCAUCGAUGUGACGCAGCUCGACAACACCCAGGAGCUGGCGGACAAGUACCAAGAGGUUCUCAUGUCAAUAUUUGCCAACAAGGACUCUGUGAAACUGCCCAUAUUUGACCUGAUCCUCCUAGGCUGCGGGCCGGAUGGCCAUACCUGCAGCCUGUUCCCCGGCCACGAACUUCUGCGAGAAGCGGAUGCCUGGGUGGCUGCGAUCGAGGACAGCCCGAAACCGCCGCCUAGAAGGAUCACCUUAACUUUGCCCGUGGUAACGCAUGCCCACAAGAUUGCAUUUGUGGCUACAGGAGGAGCGAAGAAGGAUAUUUUGAAGAAGAUCUUGGAAGCGGAUGAUGAAGGAAGAAACUUGCCUUGUGGACUUGUCAACGAGGCUGGCGGGGAGAAGGUCAGCUGGUUUACCGAUGAUGCGGCGGUCGAAGGAGUAGCAUUCCCUAGGAGGGGUAGCUUGUGA